AUGGCUCACGACUGCGCGCGGCCGCUGGAGCUGCACCGGCAGCCCUUCUACCCCGCCUUGAGUCCACUGCAGCUGAGGAAGCGCGCGUUGUUUUCGCGGCAUUUCGCCGCCUCCUCCGCUCUGCUGAAGCAGGCCAAGCCGCCCCGAGACGCGCCUGCCGCUGCGCUUCCAUCUUCCUUUGCGUCUGCGCUCGCCGCGUUCUCCUUCGAAGAGGGUGCGUCGGCGCCCACCCAACCGCCCGCGGCAGCGGCGGCAGCGGCGGCCUCUCUGCAGCAGCCUCUGCGGGUCUUCCAUCCGCUGCGCGACGCCGCGAAGCUCCGCGGGCGCGUCCGCCCCAACGGCGUGCAGUUCAACAGCUCGGGCUCCAGACUCCUCGUCGCCUCGCGCGACUCGGUGCUGCUGCUCCACGCCUACAACGUCGCCAGUGAGAACCAAGUCAACUCCCCCGGCGUCGCCCUCGUGCUGUCCCAUGGCAGCCACCCCGACGUCCUCGCGAUCGCUGGACAGGAGGCGCCGAAACAGCCGCCGUAUCUGCGCGUCUUCGACGUCCGCGUGCCCUUCAGCGGGAAGAGCGCGAGCGGGUCGCCGGCGCGCGACGUCCCGGUGCUCGAGUUCUGGGGACCUCACGAAGAGACCUGGUGGACAGGCUGCUGGCGGCGCCAAAACGACCAGAUUGUCUGCAUCGAUCGCAAGGACGUGCUACACGUUUUCGACCUCCCCGCGGCAGUCCGCACGCCGCAUCGAACUGCCAUCAGCAUUCCCACCGCCCAGCAAGUCGUCGGCGUCCCGCCCCGCCCCGCCGCAGCCGCCGCGACCGCCUCCUCCGGCGCCGCCCCGGGGCCAACCGCGCCCCGAAAGGCCGUUCCUCCCCCGGCUUCGGUCGUCGGCGCCGGCUGCAGCGGCGCCGCGACGACUCAGAGCUCGCCUCCCGCCGCGGCUGGCGGACGCGCGUCGUCGCCCGCGUCGGCGUCAUCUGCCUGCUCCGCCUCGUCGCGGAUCUCGACUCGCACGUUGGCUGGCGUGACCAACGCGGCGACGUUCAGCGCGGCGGGCGACUUGCUUCUCCUCGCGCAGGACGACGGCGCGCUUCGCGUGUUUCCCUCCGACCCGCUCCUGCCACUGGCGGAGGAGCCCUUCACGCUGUCUGCGCUGCAUCCUGGCGGCGUCACCUGCCUGGCCGCGGACCCCACACACGCGUUCGUCGCCGCGGGCGGCAACGAGCAGCUCGUCAGUCUCCUCGACGCGCAGUCCCUCGCGGUCAUUGGCGCCCUUGGCCGCACCGAGGGGCCUGUUCAGGCCCUCGGCUUCUCCUGCGACGGCCGCCUCCUCGGCUGGGGCUGCCGCGAGCAAGGCGCUGGCCUCCAGGCUGGACUCAGCGGCCGCGACGCGGCGAACGCGGAGGCCGCCGCCUCGCCGUCGCCGGACGGCCAGCGCGCGGAGACGUUUCUGACGAUUGCGGGCACAGAUCCGUGCGAGAUUUACUUCCAGUAUCCGACCUCUGCGCCGGUCGCCUCGCUCGCCUUCCACCCCUCUCGCUAUAUAUGCGCGUUCGCCACCGACGCCGACCCCGUGGCCUCGCAGUCCGCCCCCCAGGGAAGUCCUCGGGGAACUGGCGCUACCUACUGGAGCAAGACGAGCGGCGCCGCAGGCGGUGUCUCGCCGCAUCCGCUGGGCAUCCUCACCUUCGAGUGA